CAGUUCUAAUAGAAAGAGAAAAAAGGAAGUGCAUUAUUCAAUAUUUAUAAUAAUUUAGAAUUAUAAAUUUUUAUUCACUACCGAAACGGUUAAAUAAACAUAGCAUGUUCUCGUGUAUAGGUAAUAAUUCUCGAUACCCGGUAUUUCUCGACGCAUGAAAAAAAAUCUAUGGAAAGUACAAUUUGGACCGGAUUUAUUUUACAAUUGGAGAAAAGAAAAAUGUUUCUCCAAGCCACUCGGUCAUACGAGGAUCGAAGUCACGUCGAAUAUCACUUUGUGUAUUAUUUCUGAAAUUCGAGAUUCGAGACUCAUGUUGUACGCUUUUGAAAUAAUUUAAUCCACGCGACAGCCCGUCGCACAUGUAAACACAGGAUGAAUCAUCGCGAAUAAUCAAACGUCAUGUCGUACUUGUGCGAUUUUCUACACUCGAAGCGAGACACGUGCGAUUCGAGAUACACGCGAACGGAGUAGGAUGGGGAAUAAAGGUGUAGUGUAAUACACCGGAGUGUAGACAGCCGCAUACGCGACGAACCAAUUCAAGGGCAGACUCCUAUGCAAAUUUAUUGGCUCAGUUGCUACAACGUAGAAAAUGGGAACCAAUAAAGUAUACUAUCCGCCGCAUGCGGUAGUGACGUUGUUUUGCCGCACUAAUUGCAAAUCGUGCUGAAGCUCAUGCAAUGAUAUUUGAAAGCGCAGAACGGAGCAAUCACUCGUAAAUCGUUGGAGUAAUUUAGGAGUGUAUCAUUAUCGGAGCAAUUGCAAUAACAGUUUCCACCUGAGAAGGAUCUCCAAUUCUACAUUCAAUGUCAACGUAAUCAAAAUCGGAGUCCUUCAUGACAUCAGCCGAACAUUUCAUUAGUCUUAUAACAGUUGCGAGUGCAAAGAAAUUAGCCACUGCGCUUGUUGUCUGCUUCAUUAUAUAUCAUGGAGUCAUACAUCUUAUUUAUGGUAGCGAUUCUUGCAAAUGGUUAUUGACAGAAGGUAGAUAUAAAGGAGAUAAAGAAUGGCAGCCCUACGGAUGCAUGAUGCACCAUUACACGCAAACAGACAGCAGAAGAUGUAUGCGGUAUCUAGCUUUCAUGGGCCACCGUAAUCACUUCGCAUUUAUCGGCGAUAUUAGAGUAAGACAAUUGUAUAAAUCCUUUGUCUCACAAUUUAUGGUCGAUGGCAAAGCAUCAGAUCUCACGGAAUUGCCUGAGAACUCGGACUUGGGCUUCAACGACGGGCAGCUUAAGUUAAAUGUGCAAUUUUUAUGGAGGCCACGACUUGAUAAUUCUAUGAUAAUGGACCUUAGAGGCUGGAUGAAUACAGACGCACCUAGCGUGAUCGUCGCUGGUUCCGCCGCGGCUGUGAUUCUCGCGAACAAUAACAGUGAUACGCAGCUUUAUUCAGAAUACAGUACCGGCUUGAUCCGGCUGGUACAGCCAGUAGAUUUCCUAGCUAAAAAGGGGUCCCAGUUUCUAUGGCUCCUACAAGAUCCUGUGCUCAAAGAAAGACUGCCUGCACAAUUGUCGAGCUUAGAUAACAAGCAGGUUAAUCUGUGCAACAAAGCGGCAGAGAAGAUAUUGUCUCACAGUGAGACUCACAUAUGGCAAAGCAGUAAACUAGUCGGUACAGGUGUCCUUGAACAAAGUCCAGACGGCUACUUGGCAAGUCCAUUGUCACUUCGUCAUAAAGUUCAGAUACUGUUAAACACGUACUGCAAUGACCAUAUGAAUUUCGACGACGGUAGUUGCUGCAGUUAUCCCGAGCCAGCGACCACCUUGCAACUGCUAAGUCUGUCCGCACUCGCAUUAUGUAUAACAAUAGGAGGAGCCGCGUGGCUAUAUAGAAAAUUCUGCAAGUAUCGUUCGGAGAUGUCUUAUUCUCACGUCACCACCGAGGAAGUGGAAGAUGCAGAAGAAGCAGGCACUUCGGAGGUCAUUCAAGUUAAGCAACCCGAAGUGCAAGACUUUUAUACUCUCAUCACGUCAUUGGCCCUCUUCUCGAUUAUAUUGGCGUAUUUUUAUUUGUGCGACAGGACAAAUUUCUUCAUGAAGGAGAAUAAAUAUUACAGCGAAUUCAGCUUUUGGUUACCACUUGGUUAUAUCCUGGCUCUUGGAUUGUUCUUCACUGAAGAUCGUGAGAGAGGACCAAGCGCGUUAAAUCGAGAGCAAACGGACGAAUGGAGAGGUCUGAUGCAAGCGGUCGUGCUCAUAUACCAUGUUACCGGUGCCAAAAAUGUUUUACCCAUUUACAUGUACUUAAGAUUAAUUAACUCUGCUUACUUAUUUUUGUCUGGAUACGGGCACUUUUGUUAUUUUUGGCAAACCGGUGACGUAUCCCUCGUCAGAUUUGCCAGAGUACGUAUCAGAAGAGUCGUGUUAUUUUUACUGAGAUUACAUUUUUGCUUGGAAACAAAUCCCUGUGUUACAGGUCAUGUUCAGGCUAAAUUUAUUGGCGGUAUCGCUGUGCCUCUGCAUGAACAGGCCCUACCAGUUCUACCACUUCGUGCCGUUAGUGUCGUUCUGGUUCCUAGUUAUUUACUUCCUGGCCUGGCUGCCGCCUCGAAUAUAUUCUGGAAGUUUGGCAGAAUACGGCCCGAGGGUCUUAUUGUACUUCGCUCUGAAGCUGCUGGGACUCGUGUCGAUAAUCACCAUAUUGUACAUGUCAGAGUGCAGGUGUUCUUCGAGAAAGUUUUCGUUACGAGACCCUGGAAGGCACUGUUCGUAACGACCGACGACGACAUUCGCGAGUGGUGGUCUCGCUGGAGAGUCGACAGAUACAGCGUGGCUUGGGGCUUGACCUUCGGAGCUGGCCUCGUAGCCCUUCAACGAAUAGAUCAUAUUCCGGGCACCGCUCUGUCCUCUCUGCUGGCGUUGGUCUCCCUCAUAGCGUACACCACAUUCACGAUUUUGUGCCAUUCUGUAUCAGAAUGCGAAGAGAUCCACUCUUACGUCGCUUUUAUUCCGAUUAUAGGAUAUAUCGCUUUGCGAAACGCGUCCUUGGCACUAAGGGGGAAACAUUCCGCGCUUUUGGCUGGACUGGGUAGGAUAAGUUUGGAAACUCUAGUCGCGCAGGGCCACAUAUGGCUGGCGGCAGAUUCGCACGGAGUGCUCGUACUGUUACCAAGAUUCCCAGUAUUGAAUCUACUGGUCACGUCGUUCAUAUUCAUCUGCGCCAGUCAUGAGAUUCACAGAUUGACGCAUGUACUGGCACCGUACGCGGUGCCAAACGACUGGAAAUUAGUAGCUCGCAAUCUGCUGUUGUUUAUCACCGUGUUAGUACCUAUCGGCAUUCAUGACGGAAUGUUUUAAAAAAAAAAUAGGAGCCUCGUCUUUAUAAAAGUUACAGAAAAUAUUUGCAGUAUUAAUAUACAGAGAAUAAAUU